AUGCUUAUGAGUGGCGAUAGAAGUCCAAUUAACGUGAGUGCUAUACGAGCACAGCUCGAACGAAAACUUCUACUCAACAGUCGUCCUACAGUUUUGCAGUCUAGAGAUCGUUUUGAAAAUGACGAAUCUCGUGAAGAUUCUCCUGUUGUGCCAAAGCACAGAACAUCAGGGACAAUAUUGCAGACGGACGCGCGGACAGGAGAACAUUUAGUUCCUCCGGAUACCCGAAUGCGGACUUCGUCGAGAGAGCCAUCGAAAAAGCCUCCCUUAUAUCCGAAGCCGAAGCUUCCCGAUUCGAAAUCCGUCAACAUUAUGGCCGACGAUGUAUCUUCUUCUAACGGGCAUUGUCCUCCCGUAAUCACUGUUUCCUCUGAAGAAAAUCAGGAUAAAGAGUUACCCCCUUGUCUGACCGAAUCUGUUUUGCGACGAGCACAAAUGUUUGAGGAGAACGGAUCUGUUCCUUUAUCACCAAGUUGUUCCACAGCUAAUGAUAGUGCGAGACCUGACUCCACGGUUUCAACCUUUUCUAACUCUAGUUGUCAUAAAGAUUUUUCCGAUAGUGAUAGCGAUGAAGAUAGAAGACCUGAGCAUCUUGGCAUAAACCUUGAUCUCGAGCACUUGAGUCCACACAAAACUGGAGGUAGAAGAACAUCUUCUUUUGGUCAAAGUCAUGAUAGUGCAAUACAUGAAAAGAUUAUGAGUGAACUCAAGAGACAGGGAGUAGUCCGAUCUAGUUCUCAUCAGCCUCUUUUCAAAAAAAGGACAGAAACGCAUGCCCAUCGUACAAAAGUAUUGAAGCCCGACAACAGCGUAACAAGUCCAGAUGGUAUUCCAUCUGACAUUGGAAAGCUCAGAAACGAUCUCAAAAAAAAGGAUGAAGUGGAAGAAGCGGAGUUUCCUUCCUCCAACUCUGAUGAAUCUCAUAGUAGAGGAGGCAGCAUGAUUUCUGAUCGGAACAGUACUCUAACUACCUUGAGUGAUCAUGAUGGUGUACUUGAGUAUAACACUGGAGACCCCAAUGAGGACAAUCGAUUGAAGAAACUUCAUUAUGCUGCAAAUGAGUUUUACUCCAUGCAGUUAAGCUUUGUGAAAUAUUUACGAGAUGUAGGAGAGAUCUAUCCGAAAUAUGUACAAGAGUAUGGAAAUAGGAUAGGCAAGGAUCUUCUGUCUCCUCCUCCUGGUCUCUCUGUUCAUCCAGUCACUCAACUCUCUCAAGAACUAUUCCAAAUUCUAAAUGUACAUAGAGUGCUGUUAGCAGAGUUCACAACUUUACAUUCCAAUUGGACAUCUUUAAAUCCUAAUUUGUCUGAUGUCAUACUUCGUUUAUCCGAUUUCCUUAAAAUAUGUCGCCAGUUCUUAGUUGAAAAAUCUAGGUUCAUUCAAGAAAUAUCAAAGUUGUUGGACGAGAACAAGGAUUUUGAAGCCGCGACUAUCCAAUUUGAGCAGAAAAUUUUUCUGCGAGGAGUCGGUGCUAUUGUUCAACAACUCGAUCAAGUUCAUCAAAAUUUCAUGAGAUAUAAACUUCUAAUGCAAACUUAUCGAAGACACCUGCUCGAAGAUACUGAAGAAUGGAAAAAAGCUGGAGAGGCUAUUGAAAAGCUGGACAACAUUACUAGAACUGUUAAUGAGUACAUGGGUUAUGCUACAAACGAAGAGCUGUAUAGGCUUUACGUUCGAUUCCAGUACAAAUUUGACGUUUUCUAUCCCGGACGACGUUUGAUCAGGCAGGGUGAAGUAAUGAAACAAACCAGGAAAGAGCUGCAACCCAGAUAUCUCAUUCUUUUCUCUGACAUCUUGUGGAUUUGUCGUGUUUCUUCGGUUAUAAUCGGACUCGGAGAUUUUGAUAUGACGAAAUCUUAUAAUAUUGCCAUUGAUGGUGUUCGUUUGGAUAUCAGAGAUCAUGAAGAUCUUGAAAAUCUCCUAACGGUUCGAAGCAAACAGAAAAGUUUUGGAUUGAUUUUCUCUUCUGUGAAGGAGAGAGACCAGUGGUAUAGCGACAUUCUCAACGUCCAAAAAGAUGUUAAAAACUUCAAGCGACGCAUGAGUGAAGCAAUUGAACGACAACGUCGUCAAAGCACUGCGCCUAUUCCAAUCUUAUCGCCCAAAGAAGGUUUAGCUAAUGAAACCAAACUGCCCACGAGCGCUUCAGAGUCCAGUCUAUGUUUAUCAAGAUCUCAGAGUAUCGACACUUCCUCUCAGCCAAGUACUCCUGUUGCCGAGUUUCCUCAUAGCGAUGCUCCAGAGUUUCCAACAGUGAAAAAACGUGUCAAGUGCUCGGAAGUAGAUAAGCCGGUAUGGUUACCAGAUGACUCAUCCACGAAGUGUUUAAUGGAAGGAUGUGACACAUCAUUUUCGCUCUUAAGUAGGAGACAUCAUUGCAGAGAUUGCGGAUGGCUGAUUUGCUCUAAGUGUUGUGGACGUGCUCCUUUAUCCAAGUAUGAAUUCAAAAAAGAAAUGGUUUGUCCGGAGUGUUAUGAUAAAAUUACGGCGAAAUAUGUGGAUGGUACUUUAUUCCCGGCUAGAAUGGUGACGAGAACUGUGGACGGCACAGUUCGAAUUAAGUUGAAGAAAAAUAAUGACUUGAUCGAACCUCAAUCGCUGUUUGUCCCUCCUGCGAAUAAAGGACUGAAAAAGCUAAAUAUCGACAAGCGAUUUAAAGGGGAAGAAGGAGACGUUUUUUCAAAAGUCUUUGUUAGGUCUUCUAAGAAAGGAACCGAAGUUCUUCGCUAUGCCCUUCUCCGUGAUGGUUGUACAUUAGAGUUUUAUAAAGCGUCACUUGAUGAAAAGCCUUGCGAAUCAAUUGUAAUUUAUGGUUUCACAUUGAAUGAAGAAUCAUUGGAUACCGGAGGAAAAGUGUUUGAGCUUGUUCACCGGAAUCAGAUACAAACGGAACGUAGAGAAAAUGUGAUAUCGUUCCGAGUAGAACAUCAAAAGAGUAUAGAAAAAUGGUCUUCAGCCUUACGCAAAGCUCUGGAACCUGCAUAA